AUGGCCGAAAUAGUGGAACAAAAGAUUGUGGAAAUAACUGAGGGGGAGGCAAAAAAAAUAGAGGAAGAAAAAAAGAUUGUGGAAAUAUCUGAGGAGGAGACUACUAAAGUUAUCGAGGAAAAAAAAGUGACGACGUCAACGUCUGUGGAGGUAAAGGAGGAACUCACCACCAAGACCACUAACAUCUUCCACCUCGCCGAUGAUCCCACUAAGAUAGCCACCACUGUGGAAUCGGACGAAGAAUCUGACGAUGAAAUUCCAGAAUUAGAGGAAGAAGGCGUCAAUAAUUCGGGUACUGUGCCAACAGAUCUUGCAAAGUUGCAAAGUCGUAGUGAGAAAAAGGCGCGAAAAGCAAUGUCGAAAUUGGGGUUGAAGAUUGUUCCUGGCAUCAAUCGUGUCACUAUCCGUCGACCAAAGAAUAUUCUCUUUGUCAUCUCUAACCCGGAUGUAUAUAAAUCCGCAAACUCCGACUGCUACAUUGUAUUUGGAGAAGCGAAAAUUGAGGAUCUUAAUUCUCAAGCGCAGGCUAAUGCCGCUCAGCAAUUCCAGAAUGCUGAGGCUGCCGUUGCAGCUCAAGAAGCUCCAAAAAUGGAUGCUGUCGAAGAUGAUGAGGAGGUUGACGAAACAGGCGUAGAAGCUAAAGAUGUCGAACUGGUUAUGAGCCAAGCUGUGCGUAUUUGA